CCGGUGCCCCGGAGGAGUGGAGGCGGCUGGGAGCGGGGCCGCCGCGUCCCUUCGCCGCCUGCCCUUCACGUACCACUGGCCCUGCCCUUCCAGAGGACCGGCCCAGAGGACCCACUAGUUCUUGUGUGAUUGGAGAAAAUAAGCCUACUCUGCAGGGAUGCAAGAGGAGCAACAGCCUGAGGCUGCUGCAGAUCCAGUGUCCUCCUCUGAUGCACCAGAAGAUGGCCCAAAGGAAACAUCAAGUGUAUCGCAGAAUAUCUCUGAUGCAGAUGCAUUUAAAAUUCUUCUGGAGAUGAAGAUGAAGAAAAGGCAGAAAAAGCCUGCUUUACCAAGCACUGUGUCUGAACUUCACACCGAGGAUGGUUCCAAAGUAUAUCUAGUCGGAACAGCCCACUUCAGUGACAGCAGCAAAAAAGAUGUAGUGAAGACAAUACAGGAGGUGCAGCCUGAUGUAGUUGUGGUGGAACUAUGUCAGUACAGAGUUUCUAUGUUAAAGAUGGAUGAAAAGACAUUACUAAAAGAAGCCAAAGAAAUAAAUCUGGAAAAACUUCAACAAGCUAUAAAGCAGAAUGGAGUCAUGUCUGGAUUGAUGCAAAUGCUACUUUUGAAGGUUUCUGCUCACAUCACAGAACAGUUGGGAAUGGCCCCAGGAGGAGAAUUCAGAGAGGCUUUCAAAGAGGCCAGUAAAGUACCUUUCUGUAAAUUCCAUCUUGGAGACCGACCUAUCCCUGUUACAUUUAAGAGAGCAAUUGCUGCACUUUCUUUCUGGCAAAAAGUCAAGCUUGCCUGGGGCCUUUGCUUCUUAUCUGACCCAAUCAGUAAAGAUGAUGUGGAGAAAUGCAAACAAAAGGAUUUACUGGAGCAGAUGAUGGCAGAAAUGAUUGGAGAAUUUCCUGAUCUUCAUCGAACGAUUGUGUCAGAGCGGGAUAUUUACUUGACCUACAUGCUGAAGCAAGCAGCAAAGCGGAUAGAACUACCUCGAGCUUCAGAAAAUGAACCUAGAAAAUAUAUCCCAGCUGUUGUAGUUGGUGUUGUUGGAAUGGGUCAUGUACCGGGAAUUGAAAAGAACUGGAACUCUGAAUUAAACAUCCAGGAAAUAAUGAGUGUGCCUGCUCCAUCAGCUUCAAGUAAGAUUUUCAAAUUUGUCAUAAAAGCAACGGUUUUUGGACUGAUGGGAUAUGGCUGCUACCGAAUAGGUCAAAGGACAGUUCAGUUGAUUCUCUCGAUGCCUGCAGCACAGAGCUAUCUUCAGAAGCUGACAGAAAUCAGGUCUCAGCAUUGAACACCGAGUGGCAUCCCGUGCGUGAAAGGUGACUGAAAAAGGGGUGACAGAGGCAACAAACGUGAGCUGAAGUGAAAGAAGAGGGAGACUGGGGGUUCUAGUCAGAGGUGAUUGAUGCUGAGCAACACUGAAUCGCUGUAUAAUAAAAGAUUUGAUACUAAAGUUACACCAGCCAUGAUUUAAUGAAUAGGUUCAAUUCCUAUGUGUGUUGUAUGAAACCACGUGAUUCCAGAUUGAGGUAAAAGAAACGUACGAAAAUACGUAUAUUAUAUAUACACACAUGUGCUGUAUAUAUAAUAUAAACUGCUGAAGGUGUACUACAGACAGCUUAAAGAGUGUAUGUUCAUGACUUCAUUUCCAGAGGAACAGAACAACACAAAGUAACCUAAUUGGCUGCAUUUGCUCCGACGUUCAGGGACACUUGUCUGGAGUGAUUCUUUGCUUUUUUUCCUUGGGUAUAAUAAUACCUGAUAGUCAUUCCUGGUGCCAGACACUUUUACAUGUAAUUUAGAAGGACAUCUUCUCAAUGUGUGUUUUAUACUUAAACCACUUAGGCUUUUUUUAAACUUUCCAAAAAUUUCAGAGUUGUACAGGCUGUCAUACGUACACUGCUCCAAUUUUUUACAAGCCUUACUGAAGAACAAGAAUGUUGCCUUUAGAUUGCAUCCCUUGUAUCCACCACCAGUUGAAUUGUCUUUCUCUUGCGUAGAGAAGGUAUAGCCACACCAUCAGAAUGCAAUGUGGUUUGUGUCAGAUGUUUACAGGACACUCUGUUCCCUUAGGUUAGCUUAUUUAAACUGUAUUAUUUAGCCAAAUCCUGUUGGAUUCAGUAUUGUAAAUUUAAGAGAGUAGAACUGCUGUACAGUUUACUUCUGUUUCUCGGACCUUUAAUUUUUGGGACAAGAAGUCUGAAAUUGAUAGAACCUGCCCCUCAUUUUUGAUACAUGAAAAUAUUUUAUUUAUCACUCUAAUUCCUCAGUGGAUGAAUAUUUGAAUCUAUUUAAUAGGAAAGCAGUGUUCAAUUUUUAGUUUUUCAAACUAGCUGUAGCAUUUUAUUUGGAUUACCUGCUAUUUAUACAUAGAAUUAUGGGUACUUCAAACUGCUGUGCUUUUCUUUCUUAAUUAUCCAGGACAGCUAUCCAUCAUCCUUUUUUUUGGUUUGGUUUUUUUUAAUUCUAGGUUCAUAUUUCAUAGGAACUUUUUGGGUACCCCUUAUACAGGAUUGUCAGUGAUUGUAAAGUGUCCUCUGCAAUCAGCUAGUCCCAGUUCACCAAUGCAAGUAACUGUAACUGUCAUAUCGAAGUUUUAACCUGAUGUAUUUGAAUGGAAGAGUCCCAUUUGCUCCUCAGGCUCAUCUGCAGUUGCUCAUUGCUUCAAGUGAAGUUUUUACCUGCAUUCAUUCCUUUUGGGAGCUGGCAGAGCAAAUGCAUGUGAGGCGGGAGGAGAAAAAGGUGAUGAUGUAUCUUGUGUUCCUUCCUUGUUUUCAGUUCAUUCAAUAAAAUCAACAAACUGC